CAAGCAUCAUACCCGCAUUAUGACCCCAAUACCAAGAAAACGAAUACAAGAACCCGCUUUUUUAUUUUCCUCUCUCGCUGCGCAAACUCUUACAUUCUCAUGGCUCCUCCUAGAAUUUUACUCUGCGGCGACGUUUUAGGCCGUAUGAACCAGCUAGUGAAGCGAGUCCAGUCGGUGAACAAAACAGCUGGUCCGUUUGAUGCACUUCUCUGUGUCGGCCAGUUUUUCCCGGACUCAUCCGACUGGCUGGAGGAGUUUAUGAACUAUGUCGAAGGCCGCUCUGAAAUUCCUCUUCCGACCUACUUUAUCGGCGACUACGGCGUUGGCGCCGCCAAGGUUCUAAUCAAUGCUUCUAAGGACUCCGCCAAUCAAGGUUUCAAGAUGGAUGGGUUAAAAAUUUCCAAUAAUUUGUUCUGGUUGAAAGGCAGUGGCAAGUUCACUCUCCAAGGUUUAUCUGUGGUAUAUUUAUCUGGUAGGCAAUCAUCAGAUGGUCAGCAGUUUGGAACUUAUGGUCAAGAUGAUGUUGAUGCUCUGCGAGCACUGGCUGAGGAACCUGGAAUAGUUGACUUGUUCUUAACUAAUGAAUGGCCAAGUGGGGUCACAAACAGAGCUGCUACAUCUGACAUACCCACAGGAAUCUCAGAUUCACUUGGCAGUGAUGCUACUGUAUCGGAGUUGGUGGCAGAGAUCAAACCACGCUAUCACAUUGCAGGUUCUAAGGGAGUAUUCUACGCUCGUGAACCUUAUUCAAAUGUUGAUGCUGUCCACACAACUCGCUUUUUAGGUCUUGCUUCUGUUGGAAACAAGGAUAAACAGAAAUUUAUUCAUGCAAUUUCUCCUACUCCAGCAUCUACUAUGUCUGCUGCUGAGAUAGGCAUGAAGUCUCCAAACACUACCUUGUCUCCAUACACUCUCGUAGAUCAAGCUGCUAAUGCUAAAGAAACCAUAAAGAGGUCUAACGAUAGUGUUUCUGAUUCUCAAUAUUGGAGAUAUGAUGUUCCUCAAAAACGACAUAAACAUGGAGGUGACAACAAUAGGCUGUGUUUUAAAUUUAUAUAUUCUGGGACUUGUCCUCAUGGGGAGAAAUGCAACUUUAGACAUGAUGGUGAUGCAAGAGAACAAUGUUUGAGAGGUGUUUGUCUUGAUUUUAUUAUCAAAGGAAAAUGUGAAAAGGGCCCAGAAUGCAACUUUAAGCACAGUCUACAGAGUGAAGGUGAGAGCCGUUCUCACAGGAAAUCUGCAUCUGGAAAUUCUACUGCUAACAGGUCAAAUGAGUGCUGGUUUUGUUUGUCAAGCCCAAAUGUGGAGUCACAUCUGGUUGUUAGCAUAGGAGAGCAUUGCUAUUGUGCUUUGCCUAGGCCACUUGUUCAAGAUCAUGUGUUGAUAAUACCUGUUGAGCACUCACCUAACACCAUUUCUCUUUCCCCAGAGAGCGAAAUUGAGCUUAUUAAACUCCAAAGCAGUCUCAAGCUGUAUUAUAAAAAACAAGGGAAGGAAACUGUUUUUUUUGAAUGGGUUUCCAAACGUGGUACUCAUGCUAAUCUUCAGGCUGUUCCUAUUCCAUCAUCCAAAGCAGCUGUUGUUCAAGAGAUAUUUAACUUUGCUGCUGAAAAGCUGGGUUUUAAUUUUUUUCCUUAAAAUGUAACCAAUAAUAGCUCUGACAGGAGAAAAUCACUGAGGACACAGUUUGAUAAAAACUUUAGUUUCUUUUAUGUGGAACUCCCUGGAGGUACAAUUCUGUCACAUGUAGUAGACGAGAAUGAAAGAUUCCCAGCCCAGUUUGGACGUGAGGUUUUGGCUGGCUUGCUAAAUAUCGCAGAGAAGGCGGAUUGGAGGAACUGUACGCCAGGCAAGGAUGAGGAAGUUAAGAUGGCUGAAAAUUUCAAGAAACGGUUUGAAGAAUUUGAUCCAAAUCAAUGAUUUUUAUGAAUAGAAGUCAUAGUGACAACCUUUUGUGUUCUAAAUUGUCAUGAACAAUCAUAUCAAUAUGGUUGCUGCCUAACCGUUCACUGGUGAGUGUACCUCGUGAUUCUUGUGGCAGAAGAAAACCUGCAAGUGCCUUGAUGUUCUCUGGUAUCCUCGUCACGACACAAUUUGUCUUCUUUCAUAUCAUAGUUUGCAUCCAGUGGAAUUAAAAGGUGGCCUUUCUGCACUAACUAGAGUGGCCUCUGCAUCAGGUCGCUUUUAUUUGAAAGAAAAUUUAUUGGUUUUCAAGUUGUGCAUUUGGCAUUUUGGUGCUACGCAUCUAUACCUGUUUUGCACUGUAGGACGUAUUUAGGAAGCUUCACAUACAGCUUUAGAAAUAGAAAAAUCCAUAAUGUUAACGCGCCAUUCUAUCUAGUUGGUUUUGAUGUGAUGAGUUUCAACAAUCAUGUGCACAUUACACUAACUUGUUUCUCCUUAUAAUGGGGAAAAAUUAAAAACAUGGGCUAUGCCACGCUGCUGCAACUUUUGACAUUUAUUGAAGCGAUUAUUCAAUUUA